AAUGAAAUUUAUAUAUAUAUAUAUAAUAAUCAAAUGGAUUACUACAAGGUUUUAGAACUGCCUAGAAGUGCAACUGAAGCAGAUAUCAAAAAAGCAUACAGAAAAUUAGCAUUGAAAUGGCAUCCGGUAUUUGUUUUUUUAAUGUUAAAAGGAUAAAAAUCCAGACAACAAGGAAGUAGCAACAAAAAAAUUUAAGGAAAUCGCAGAAGCUUAUGAAGUUCUUUCAAAACCUGAGAAGAAAUCUCAUUAUGAUAAAUAUGGUCAUCAGUAACCACCUCCCACACCAAAUUAUUAACAAUCUAACAAUUAUGGAAAUCAAUAUUAAUAAGACUUUGAUGAUUUUUCUUCUGGAUUCCAAAAUAACUUUAAUACUUUCAAUAAUAGGCCUGGGUUUAAUAAAUAUUCUGAAUAGUCUUUUGGGUUUCCAUAAUUUAAUAGAAUGCCUGAUUUGAAUAAAUUCUUUUUUGGAGAUAAUUUUGAUCCAUUUGAAGUAUUCUAGAAUUUUUUUUAAAAUGAUCCAUUUUUUAAUCAAGAUUUCUUUGGAAAUAACUAGUAACCAUAGAAAAAUAGUUUGGCAAAAGCUAACUCUUAUAAGAGUGAUUUCGAUGAUGACUUUUUCAAACCAUUCUAUUAAAAUGGUUCACAUUAAGGCGGCAACAUUAUAAGAGGAUAAACUCAUAAGACAGUAUAAUCUACUACAACUACAAUGUAACUUAUAAAGUGUAUAAAUUUAGGAAUGGUUAACCAGUUCAAAGAGUGAAAACAACUAUAAUUCAUCCAGAUGGAAGGAAGGAAGUCAAGGAGGAGAUAAAAACAUUAUCUUAGUUAUAAAAACACAACAGUGCCAUUUACUGA